AAAGGUAUUGUAGCUAUUACUAAAGAUAUUCAAAAAGUAUUGUUACAUCCUACUGCAGAAUUAUUUAAGGAAUAUCUCGAGGCUUAUAUUGAAAUUGCUAUCACUAAGGAUAUAUGGCUUGUGCUUUUUAAAGUUUUUCCUAAAGUUCUGAAAAUCAAGACAAAUGCGGGUACUAAAAUUGCAGAAUGGAAGAAAUAUCCACAGAUUUCUGAUGCAUAUAAAAAAUGUAGAGAAUACUGCUUAAUACCACCAAUAAUUGCCUUUGCACUUGCAGUUUGUUGUAUUAUUUUAAAUCCACAUAGUAAAAAUAUUCGAUGUAUUGAAGAAGCUGUCAAAAAAUGUUGUACUAUUUUCUUG